CUCGAUUCUUGCUCGACGGUUUAGAAGGAGCAAGAGACUAUGGUAUUUAUGGAUUGGGUUGUCACACAGGCAAUCAUAAAUAACGACACUACUGGGUUUAGGAAAAUGGUUGAAGAGGAUGAACACGUGGUCGACAAAAGAAUGGAAAAUGCUACUGUGUUACACCUGGCUUCAAGACUCGGACAUGUGGAGAUGGUGUCACUCAUUUUGGAACUGAGACCACAAAUGGUGACCGAAGAGAAUAACAUCAACUCAGAGACGCCGAUCCACGAAGCGUGUCGUAUGGGCCAGUACAGUGUGGUCAGGCUGCUCAUGGAGGCCAACAAAUGGAUGGCGGCCAAACUCAAUUCUGAGAACCAGAGCGCCUUGUUUCUGGCCUGUGACUACGGGCAUCUUAACAUUGUCAAUUUCCUUUUGGAUCACACUUACACUUCCUUAUGGUUGUUGAACAUCUUUGACCAUGCAGCUUGUCUCUAUGCUGCUGCCUCAAGAGGCCAAACAGAUAUUGCUAAAAGGUUGCUAGAAAGAUGUCCGAAUCUUGCUAAUCAAAAAGACAGAAAUGGAUCCUUAGCGUUGCAUGGGGCUUGCAGAAGCGGGCAUCUGGAGAUUACAUCAAUACUUCUGAGGAAGGAUCCUAAUUACCAAGCUUUUCAAUUUGAUAACAGCGGUUACACACCGUUGCAUGUAGCAGCUAUACAUGGGAAGCUAGCCAUCUUGGAAGAGUUUGCAUCCGUUGCUCCUUCCUCCUUCCAGACUCUCUCUAAACAUGGAGAAAAUUUGUUCCAUCUUACCAUAAGAUUCAAUCAGUUUGAUGCCUUCAAAUUUGUAGAUGGGAUCCUCAAGGGGGCAACAUACCUGUUUUAUCGACCCGAUAGAUCUGGUAACCCCAUCCAAGAUCUUGCUCAGAUUAGAGGUUUGAACCACCAGUUCACAGAAUACAUCAAGGGAGAAAGAAAAGAGCAAAUUAAUCAUCAAAUUAUAUGGAAUGAAUCGUCUUCAACAGACACAAACAUAAACACCCUGUCGGAGAUCCGAAUUGAAGCACCUCCUCUGGAAAAUGAAACAUGUUUUUGCAGUCAAACCACUGCAGAAGAAGAAAAACAUAUCGAAACUUACAAGAAAAGCCCCGAAAGAAAGCAGAUGAUCAAAUUGCAUAGAGAGGCGCUGCAAAAUGCAAGGAACACGAUAGCACCGGUGGCCAUCUUGAUAAUCGCCGUUGCAUUCACAGCUGGUAUGAACCCUCCUGGCGGUGUCUACCAGGACGGAGAUCAAAAGGGAAAAUCAAUUAUGGGCAGAAAACGAGCUUUCAAGAUCUUUGCCAUCAGCAAUCACAUAGCACUGUUUAUAUCCAUGUGCGUCGUUAUGGUUCUAGUUAGCAUCAUCCCCUUGAGAGAAAAGCCACUGAAUUUGAUAUUAGCAGCAAUUCAUAAGGUAACGUGGGUGGCAUUAGCAUUUAUGGCCGUAUCAUAUGUUGCUGGAAUUUGGGUGAUUUCGCCACUACCUAACGAGAGCCACUUGAAAGACUGGGUUUUAGAAGCUUCGUUGUCUAUCUGUGCUGGGAUUUUUGUGUCGACCUUCUUUGGCCUAGGGUUAAUGCAUAUAAGACAUCGGCUCAGUAAAUAUAAAUGGACUAAGCACCUGGAAGAAGUCGAAAUUAAUUAGCAUUUAUCAUUAUUUUAUUUUCAGUGUAAACCACAUAAUACGAGUUGCAAUCAUAGCAUUUAUCAUUAUUUGCA